UAUGGCCGUCAACGGAGAGUCAAAAGAUGGUAAUCAGAAAGAAAUUAAAAAAGUUAAGACAUGGAUUGGUUGGUCAUGGACAUAUCUUUGGGGAGUAUGGUUUUUAACAAUGAUCUUCUUGCUCUAUAUUCUGAGGAACCCUCUGAAAUUAAGGGAAAAUGCGUGUCUAGCAACAAGCUUUCUUCAUGCUCUGACUCCCAAGUUUUAUGUGGCACUUACUGCUACUUCAUCAUUUAUUUCUGGUGUUAUUUUGAUAUUUGAAUUGUGGUAUUUUAAACGAUAUGGGACCUCAUUUAUUGAGCAAAUAUCAGUGAAUCAUUUAGGACCAUGGUUGAGUGGGAGUGAUGGUUCAUCACAUUCUCAUCAAAGCAUAGCAGAAUGUAAGGUGUGGAGAAACCCAAUGAAUCUGUUCCGUGGAGCAGAAUAUCAAAGAUAUACUUGGGUAACUGGUAAAGAACCCUUGACAUUUUAUGACAUGAAUCUUUCAUCUCAGGAUCACCAGAAAUUCUUCACUUGUGAAGGAGAUGAGUCGAAUGGUGUGCCCUCUGAUACAAUCAUGUUCUCAGCUUGGAGGGAAAGAAGUGCGGAGAAGAGAAUAGAAAUAGCCCAUAACGCAUUACAACAGGAUGUAAACUGUGCUUCCGCGUACAUAUUAUUAGCCGAGGAAGAAGCGACAACAAUUUUGCAGGCGGAGUCGUUCUUAAAACAAGCUCUUAAAACAAUUGAGGGCUGUAUUAAAACUAAAUUUUAUCCAGUAAAAGAUGAUCCAAUCCAUAGUCGAGAUACGAAUACUUGUGCUUAUAUUAAGAGACGUUUGGCGAUGUGUGCAAGAAAACUAGGUCGUGUUAAAGAGGCCGUGAAAUUAAUGAAAGAGUUAAUGAAAGAAUUUCCAUCUAUGAGCGUUCUUAAUAUUCACGAAAACCUUAUCGAAGCUUUGUUAGAAAUGCAAGCAUAUACUGAAGUGCAGCAAGUUCUAGCAAAAUAUGACGAUAUUACCUUACCUAAGUCUGCAACAAUAUGUUAUACAGCUGCAUUACUUAAAGCAAGAGUAGUAGCAGAAAAAUUCUCUCCUGAGGUUGCAGCUAAGCGGGGACUAAGUCCCACAGAAAUGGCAGCAGUGGAAGCUAUUCACCGGGCGGUAGAAUUCAAUCCUCAUGUGCCGAAGUAUUUGUUGGAACAGAAAAGUCUAGUCCUUCCGCCAGAACAUAUUUUAAAACGAGGAGAUAGUGAGGCUCUUGCGUAUUCUUUUUUUCAUCUUGCACAUUGGAAGAGAGUGGACGGUGCUCUUAAUCUUCUUCAUUGUACCUGGGAAGGAACUUUCCGUCUCUUACCUUAUCCUAUGGAAAAAGGUCAUUUAUUUCAUCCUUAUCCGGCUUGUACUGAGGCUGCUGAUAAAGAAUUAUUGCCGGCUCACCAUAUAGUGUCAGUUUAUCCUAAAAGAGAGUUGCCAUUCUUCGUGCUUUUUACCGCUGGACUAUGCUCGUUUAAUGCAUUACUGGCUCUUCUUACGCAUCAGUUUCCACAUUCCAUGGCAUCAGCAUCGAAAGCGAUUCUCACUUGGAUAUCUACACCGUUCAGUUUGUUGGUCCAGAAAAUUGAGGAUAUAUUUCCUGCUCAUAUUUGGCAUCAACUAACUCAAAUAUAACAAAAGAAAGAAUAAUUUGUCGAGAAUUUGUGUACUAUAUAGCUCUUUAAAGAGAAUUAAGUUAAAAAGUACUUCCGUGCACAUAAAAGACACUAGCUGUAGUAUUUGAUCUUACAAAUCCCGUAUAAAAGGGUGUCAUACUGCAAACCGCUUUUAUUUUAAAAUCGUCGAUGGUCAUUGGUGUGUUAUAGAUUAUCCUCUUUUUACAAUAAUUUCAAUUUUCUUCCUCCUGUGGGGAAACUUUUCCAACCCAAGACUAGCAGUUAUAAAAUUGAAGGUUAACUGUAUUGGUUGGUCCAUUUCGGCAUGGUCUAGCGCUUGGUGGUGGUCACUUUGCCAGGUAGAACUAGUUUGGUACUUGUUUAGACGUGUUUUCCUCAGUUCGCUGUUUAGAGAAAUAGGAAUUUCUGGUCUGCUUAAUAGUCUCUGAAUGGUGCUUGUAGUUCGACAACAUUGCCUUUGUUGGUUAGUUUCAGUCAAGGUGGAACAGCUCGGCUAUCAACGUUACAUUACAUCUUAUACCCUCGUGGUGUGUUUUAAAAAACAAGAUUUUGUAGCAAAUGCUCAUUUAAAUAUUCUUG